AUGCAGCACUUGUACGAAACCGCAUACGUGUGCGAAAUGGGCGCAUGGUGUUGUCGGACCAGCAACAGAGUGCAUACCAGCACUUCAACUGUAGUGCCAACGCAACGUACAGAACGAGAUGUGGAAGAGGUGCCCGUUGGACGCGUUCUUGUCUUUGUCAAUCCUCACUCCGGUUCGGGCAAAGGAGUGAAAACAUUUCGACAGCGAGUAGGACCAUUGCUAAGGAAGAAUUGCAUUGAGUAUGAGCUCAUUAUCACAACUGGACCAAAUCAUGCAAAGACAGUAGUACGGUCGCGAGAAGACCUCAAUAAGUUCAACGGGGUAAUCAUCCUAUCCGGUGACGGCCUUGUGUUUGAGGUAUUAAAUGGGCUUUUUGAAAGACCAGAUCGAGCCGCUAUUAUACCCUGCUUACCUAUUGGUAUUGUACCAAGUGGCUCCGGUAAUGGCUUACUCUCUUCGCUUUUCUUCAGCUGCGGGGAGCCUUUGAGAAACCCGAAAUUCACGAAGAGAGCCAUAGAAAUUGCCUGUUCACCAUGUGCUCAUGGUCAAGCGGUAAAUCUGAUUCACGUGCAAACUGAUGAGGCCAACUUCGCAGCAUUUCUUAGUAUAGGAUGGGGCCUGAUGGCAGAAAUAGAUAUUGAAAGUGAACGAUGGCGGAAACCUCUAGGAUCUAAUCGAUUUGUACUUGGAGCAAUGAUAAGGUCGUUAAAUUUACGCACAUAUCGUGGACGAUUAGCUUUUAAACCAUAUAGGGGUGGAAAACGAGGUGUUACAGCAAAAUUUGAUAUUUAUGGAAAAACCGCAGGUGAAAGGAUAAUAGCCAAAUCAGAACCUAACCCUGCCGAAGAGAUCUGUCUCUCAGAUCGGCCUCUUGAUGGAGCAUGGAGGGAUAUGCACUCUGAGGAGAUUGGAGAUUUAGAAGAAGAAAUUCCGGAAGACUGGACCCUCAUCGAGGACGAAUUUGUCAAUGUCUACGCUAUAGUGGAAGUGUCCGCCUUUCGUCUAGAACCAUUGGAUUCCGGAUCAUACCUCACUGUUGAUGGUGAGGUAAUCAACGCACAGCGAGUUCAAGCUGUAACUACCUCACUGAAGACUGCAAUAUUUGCACCGUAA